AUGAACGGUAACCCGUGUGCCCGCAGGCUGGCCCGGCACUCCAGGUCCGCCCUGCUGCUCGCCGCUCUGGCCGUCCUGCUGGUCCAGACUCUUAUCGUGUGGAACUUCAGCAGCCUGGACUCUGCUGGCGGGGACGGAGGCGCCAGGAGCCGGGAGAAGAGAGAGGACCGAGCCGGGGGGCUCAACAAAGCCGACAGGGAGCACCCGAGGAGGGGGCUGCAGAAGAAGGGCGACCCGCCGCCGCUGUUCGGAAAGGCGGCCGUUCGGCACAAGCUGCAGGCGGAUGUCUACCAUUCCCACCGCCCUAAAGAGAAACUUCGUCUGGACAGCAACAAUAAUGAGAACUCGGUCCCCAAAGACUUUGACUCCAUUGACAGCAACAGCAACCUGGGUGCACAAUCCCAACGCCAACGAGUGCCAGUCGGAAACGGCAAGCACAAGCUGGACAAGGCCCAAGUUCAGAGCAUGCUGGGAAAAUCUGCCAACGAGGUCCUCAAGUUCCCUCCCAUGCAACCCAGAGGGAUCGGGCACAAUCACAACCACACCCACAUCCGUAAACCCCACCCCCAGGCGCCGACCGUCCCAGCGCUGGUCCAGCGGUCCAAUCAGGAUCCACCGUUCCACCAGUCGAAGAAGUCGGCCAGUCUUGAGCCGAGGAAGGAGCAGCCGCAGUGCGAGAUCAGCGGGAAGGAAGCAAUUUCUGCUCUGGCGAGAGCCAAGAGCCGGGAGUGUCGGCAGCAGAUAGUGGAGGUCUACUGUAAGCACAAGGAGAGAGCGCUGAUGCCUGAGAAAGUGCCUCGAUACUGCCCCAUAGAAGGUAAGGUUAACGUGAACGUACAGUGGGACGAGGACCCCUCUAACGCUGCCCGGCUCGUGCCGGUGCGGAUCGCCUUCGUCCUGGUCGUCCAUGGCCGAGCCUCGCGUCAGUUCCAUCGUCUCUUCAAAGCCAUCUACCACACCUCACACUACUACUACAUCCAUGUAGACCAGAGGUCCAACUACCUCCACAGAGAGGUCCUGUCUCUGGCCAACCAGUAUCCGAACGUCAGGGUCACUCCUUGGCGGAUGGCCACCAUCUGGGGCGGGGCCAGCCUCUUGACCAUGUACCUGCGCAGCAUGGAGGACCUCCUCAAAAUGACCGACUGGUCUUGGGACUUCUUCAUCAACCUGAGCGCUGCCGACUACCCCAUCAGGACCAAUGAACAGCUGGUGGCUUUCCUGUCAAAGUACCGGAGCAUGAACUUCAUCAAAUCUCACGGCAGAGACAACGCACGUUUUAUCCGGAAACAGGGUCUGGACCGUCUCUUCUACGAGUGCGACACCCACAUGUGGCGUCUCGGGGACCGCAAGAUCCCAGAGGGCAUUGCGGUGGACGGAGGCUCUGAUUGGUUCCUGCUCAACCGGCCCUUUGUGGAUUAUGUGGUGAACUCCAGAGACGAGCUGGUCAGCAGCAUGAAGCGCUUCUACGCCUACACACUGCUGCCUGCUGAGUCUUUUUUCCACACCGUGCUGGAGAACAGCGCCCACUGUGAGACCAUGGUGGACAACAACCUGAGGCUCACCAACUGGAACCGCAAACUGGGAUGCAAAUGCCAGUACAAGCACAUUGUAGACUGGUGUGGCUGCUCACCCAACGACUUCAAACCUUCGGAUCUGCCGCGCUUCCAGCAAGCGUCCAGACCCACCUUCUUUGCCAGGAAGUUUGAGGCCAGUGUCAGUCAGGAGAUCAUCAGCCAGUUGGACUCCUACCUGUUCGGAGCGUAUGCCUCGGGCACCCCCAACCUCCAAGCCUACUGGGAAAACAUCUAUGAGCAAGAGACGGACGGGCCUGCCAGCCUAUCAGACUCCGCGCUCACCCACUACCACGCCUUCACUCGUAUGGGAUUAUCCCGCGCUGCCAGCUCACUGCAGGGCCAUCCCAACGAUAACAGCUGCAGGUACAUGGCCAUGACCCACCCAGUGUCAGUCCACCUCUACUUCCUGUCAGACCAGUUCCAGGGCUACCUUGUGCGUCAUGUGGCCACUAACCGAGCCUCCACCCAGCUGGAGAGCCUGGAGACCUGGGUGACUCCCAAAGACCACUUCACCCUGGCCAGCCCCCCCCAUCCCACCAACAGACUGCAGCAUGUCCAGGUGGGCUCGGACUGGGAUCCUAAGGAGCGUCUCUUCAGGAACUGGGGGGGUCUGCUGGGGCCCGAGGACGAGCCGGUGGCGGUGCAGCGCUGGAGCCGAGGCCAGAGCAACCUGACGGCCACCGUGGUAUGGAUCGACCCCACCAACGUCAUCGCUGCCACGUACGACAUCCUGGUGGACGCUUCCGCCGAAGUCACCCACUACCGGCCUCCGCUCACCCCGCCGCUGAGGCCCGGCGUGUGGAUGCUGAGGGUGCUGCACCACUGGAGCCCGCUGGGCCAGACCAGCUUCAUCGUGGCUCCACUGGAGUUUCAUCGGCAGCAGCCCAUACAGCAAGAGGACACUCGGCGGCUGCACGCCGGCCCAGCCAGGAACUCCUACAUGGAGCAGAGCUUCCACGGCCUCAACCCAGUGCUGCGGCUGCCAGUGAGCCUGGGCGCUGUGGAGGAGGCCGAGGCCAACGCUGGACUGACGGGGGCGCCGCUGCGUCACUGGCUGGACAGGUUGCUGGAAGGCCACUGGUCCGCCUCAGACGUCUGCUCGACGGGCCCCAGCGCCUGUCCCGUCAUGCAGCGAUGCCGCCUCACAGCCUGGAGCUCUGCCAGCCCCGACCCCAAAUCUGAAGUGACCCCGCCCAGAGAGGACGGACGGAUCAGGUAG